UCGAACGUCAUUUCAGUUCUGUACGUGGAAGAAUGCAGUCGUAUUUUUCAUUCGCUGUUGAAAGCUAAUCCAAUUUUUUUGAUCUUGAUAAAAUGCUAUGAGAAAUGUAAUUCGAUGAUCAAAAGGCCGUAUAUUCAAGUGAUUAUAAUUAGAAACGGAGAGCAUCCUGUUUAUGAGGCACCAGUAAGCAGAAAUUAACGGAAAGAAACGAGUCGCAAACAUCAGCACAAUAUACACAAUAUAUACCGUACUGAUACGUACUGUAAGGUUUAUGCAUAAAGUGGUAUUUCUACGGUAAAGUGUGAACCCAAAAAAAAAACUCCUGCAAAUAUGAGUGAACACGAAGAUUUGGAAGAUGGAGAGAUUGAGGAUGAUGAUGAGGAAGUCGUCAUCGUACCGGAACCACAAGAAGUGGAGGCACCUUUGUUGAACCCCGUUGUUGCCCCCAAACAGCAGGAGGACGUUUGGGACGAUGAAAGUAAUGCUCAAGAAGUUACUGAAAAUAAGAUACAGAAUGUCAAGAACAUAAAUGAUGCCAAAGCCCGGCUAAUCGAUGAAGUGGCGCCACCGAAAAACUCCAAAAGAAGCAAACCCGCUCCUGUUGUAGAUGAUUGGGCAACAAGCGUUGAAGCUGCGAUUGCCAAUGCACUCAAGAAAGACGGUGUUCAACCUCCGAUGCCCGCCAUAAGUCACCGGCAUGAAGAUAACGAGAAUGAUCGGCCCUCCAAAAGGAAGCGGAGAGAAAGGAAUCGGAAGCGAUCCGGCUCCGAAAAGCAGGGAGAUCAAGAAGAAAUGGACCUGGAGUACGAGAUGAUGAACGUACGAGGGGGUAGCCCUCAACCGGCGGCAAUGGGUGGUGCCAGAGGAAGCGACUACCCGGAUCGGAGCGAUUCGGAGGACAGUUACUCGUCGGAUGAUUCUCGCGACCGGGGAAGAGAUCGGGACCGGGAACGGCGGGACCGUGACCGAGAACGGGAUCGCGAAUACAACCGACGCAGGCGUAAGAACCGGCAGCGAAACCGGGUAAACCGCGACAAUAGGAAACGCAAACGGGACGAUUCCGAUGAUGACAAGCACCAUCGGAACAGCGGCCCCCGUAAGAUGGAGUUGUGUAAGUUUUACCUUAUGGAUUGUUGCGCCAAACGGGAAAAGUGUCUCUACAUGCACUCUGACUUCCCCUGCAAGUACUACUACCUGGGUCUGAAGUGCAAGGAGAAGGAAAAAUGCUUGUUCAGUCACGGCGAGCCGCUAUCGGACGAGCUGAGGGCCAUCCUGACGAAGCACCUGGAGACGGCUCCCCAGGAGAUCCUGGGCGACUUUCCCCGUAUCGGGCGAGAGAGCGCUGCGAACAUGAUGAACGCCACGCAUCGUAAGCUGUUGGAGAAAUACGGAAUGACUGGUAAGGCUGCUGGUGGCGACGGAGAAGCCGAGGACGGUAAGGUUCCUUCUUUGUUGGAUGUGGGGGGACAGGGUAACAAAAACCGUCGAUCGAGAUGGCAGGGUGGGUCCGGUUUUAUGGCCGGAAGUAGUGGAAAACCGCCAGGAAAUGCCGCGGGUGAGGAGUUCUUAAGCUUGAAGUAUUUAUCUGGAGUUAUAUCCCAAGAGCAGAUUGAAAAUUUGGAACGAAUGGGCAUUCAUGAUCUGAAUCAGAUCAUGACACUCACAGUGGCUCAGUUGAAUGAGCUCGGGUUGAGCGUCACUCAAAUCCAUGAGCUUCAACUGAAUGCACUGAAUAUGCAAAAACUACGGGACAAUAUUGCCAAGCAGAAUGCUCAGGAAGACGAGCAGGAAUUCUGUGAGUCAACGUCAGCCGUAUCGUUGACCAGCAGUAAGGAUCUUGAUAUGCGAAUAACUCCAUCUCACACCACUCUGCCAAAAGAAACGGAAAGUAUGCCUUCCUUAGGUGGACAGGACGUUGACAUGCGGCUUCUUCCAAUGAUGAACACCAGUCAACAGGAAGCGGACAAUUCCGGUAGUUCCCAUGGAGACCUGGUAGCCACGUCUCUGACUAGUUUGAUCAAAACUCCCACGGUUGAUUAUUCGCAAUAUCUGAAGGACUCCAAUCUGAACGACGAUGACGAUUGGGACGCUGCCGAAAAUGCGAGCAAUCUUUUGAUUGCAAACGACGAUGAUGACGAUGACGAAGAAAACAACCUUAAAAUCAGUAUCGAAGAAGACGAGCAGGAAGAGAACGGAAAGUAUAGCAAUAACAGUGAUCAGGAGAACGAAGCUGCUCCUGCAAGUUUGCAACCCGCAGUAUUCGAUACCAAAAUCAUAAGUCGUCCAUCGACUACCCAAAAGAUUGAUUAUACCAAGUCCUUUGGGAUGUACAAAUCUCCUGACUACGAGGCCGAGAAACCCAGUGACUCUUGCAUAUUGGACGGUUUCGGAAGCGACCCCGAAGCGCCAUUAAAAAAGAAGCCUGACCUACUCAAUCGAAAGUCGAUGUACAGCAACAUAGCUUUACCCGAGAGCAGCGGCGAUAGUUCUCCUUCAUCCCACAAGCAGGCCGACUCAACCCUAGGAUGGACGCCUACUUCCGGCAACAGUACCAGCACUUCCAGCUCCGCCCCUGCCAACGCCAAAUCGAGUGCUUCUGCAAGCAGUAAACCUUCCCGACCGUCGAUCUACGAUGAUCCGUACGGAAGCGACAACAACAGUGAUGACAGUGAUUCCAGGUCGAAGCCAUCCUCGUUCACAGCCGACCGGGACAAAGAUAUGAGACUGAACUUCCUCAAUUUGGACGCCAAAAUGGGCGAGGAUGGAGCUUCCGAUAUUGAUCUUCGGCUGCCGUUCAAGCCCAUCAUGACCAACUAUAUCCCGGCGACGGAGAUCGAUGCGUCCAUCACCUCCCAUGCUCCCAUCGUCUACAAGGUUCAUGAAGUUGACGUCCCGAACCCCAACUAUAAAGAUAUCCGAAGAAACACGCCCAGACCGGACCGAACAAAGGAUCCCCGGUUGCGAAGAAUAUUCGGAAUGUCCAACGAAGACGAUAACGAGAAUGGUCCCAAAUCGGACCUUCUGCUGCUCGGAAUAAGAUCUCCAAAGUCAUCGUCUUCAGCAUCCGGUCAGGGCCCUGUAGCACCUCGGGUGGACCCCAGAACGAAGCGAAUGCAAGAAACCAAAAUCCAAAGUCCAGUCCAUGAUGGAGGCGUUGCGCCAAACGCUCCCGGUUCAAAUCCUGCUCAACUAGAUGUUCAGACCAUUCUGCAACGAUCCAACUGGUACCUGGAUCUCAGUUCUAAGCAUAAGAUCAUGGUGAAUCAGCAGCUUGCGAUUCUCACUACCGAGAUGAAGAAAUUUCACAACUCGGACAAGUCUCCGGAUAAACUGGCCGAUUUUAUGCACCAGUUGGCCAACAACCAAAUGCUACAGUUCAUUCUAACGAACUUGAAUGUCUACAUGGACGACUCAGUAGCGUUUGCCGAAGUUCCUUUGGUUCCUUCUCAACCCCCGCCCAUGAUAAAUGUGCCACCUCCCAAUCUUGGUAUGGUUCCCAUGGGUCACAUGGGCCCAGUGAACAUCCCUCCACCCAUGCAAAAGCCUCCAUCGCUGUUCGAUCUUCCCAGAUUCAACUGUCCGCCGGAGGUCCGGCCAGGUCUGCUGGGUGUAGCUCCGAACAUGCCUUUCGAGCAGUUCCUAGCGAUGGGACAAAUCAGCAAACCCAAUCCACCUCCCCUGUUGGAUGAAUGGGUGGAUGACUACAAUGACGGAGGUGGCGGAUUCGUCCCAAAUUACGAACGGAAUAAUCCCAACAACUUUGGCGGCGGCGGUAACAUGCGAGGCAACAUGCGACACAACAACCGAGGAGGCAACUUCCGGAACAAUGAUCGGUGGAAUAAUCAAGGAGGUGCCAAUCGCCGGAACAAUAACAAUCAUCGUCGGAUGGACAAAAAGAAGUAAUUGGAAUACUUUCCCAAUCGUCGGUUGAAUCCAAGUUUUGUUGGAUUUUGUUUUUUUAGGUAAACGGUAUACAAUAAUCAAUACGGGUCGUAUUGGUGUCACAGUAGGCCGUUGGCAUGCGUUAUAUCUUCCCUAGGUGUAGCUUUGAACUCGCCCACAUUCAGUGUGUGAGUAAUCUAAGCAAGCUGCCGACGAGCUUCCAUUCCUGACUCCCCUUUUAAAGUUUGUGUUGUUUUUUUUUUUAUGUGAUAAGAAAGCCGCUUUGUAAAUAUAGACUUCUGCUAAAAUUGCGCGAGUUGUGUGGCUCAGCCAUCAUAAUUGAUACUUUACCGUACCCAGAAAUGGAAAUUACUCAUUUUUUCGAACGUAAAUGUAAAUGAAUAAAAUUUAUCAUGAAAUCUUAUUAUAAGGCAUUACAAUCCCAAUGAGUAUAGUGUAGAUUCGAAAUAUGUGCCGCCUUGCACACAUGCUUCGGUCCUUAGUAGUAUAGCAGAAGGCUUGACUGAGAAUAAAAGAAAAAAUAUUUAAAUAAAGUUUUAAGCAAAUGAACAAUGCUUAGACCACUGUCCGACAUUAUUUGGCGAUACCGCGCUGAAUCGAACGUGUUUCAGUUUAAACGUAACAGUAAGAAGUAUUGUAACUUGUAGCAAAAUGAAGAGAUUAUUCUUAAAUUCAAAAAUUAUGUCCAAAUGUUUACAAGAAACGUG